AUGAGACUGAGCCGCAGUGUGAGUCGGCUGCUGACGAUGAUGAUGAUGGUCCUGCUGGACUUUACAAACUCAGAUGUUUGGAUGCUUCUGGCUCCCAGCAGUGUUUCCAUGGAGUCUGUUGACAUGAAACACGUACUGAAGUGGCGCCCCCUGCAGGCUCCCUGCAGCACCCCGGUCCUUUACUCUGUUCAGUUUCAGGGGGAGUUUGAGCUGAUGUUCCGGAACGGCAGCUGGUUGGACGCUCCCAAGUGCCAGCUGAUUCCUCAGACUCACUGCGACCUGACCUUUGACCUGGGCUCGGACUCCGACUACAACCUCCACGUCAGAGCGCAGUGCGGCUCCCAGCUGUCGCCCUGGAGCAAACUCAGCCCACCUUUCAACCGCAGAGACACGGUCCUGAUGGCGCCGGAGAUGGCGGUGACGGCGGUGGGCGACGCCCUUCAGGUGACCUUCAUCAAGCUUCCUCUCACUGCUGUCGUCAGAGUGACGGUGUGGAAGAGAGGCGACGAGCUGAAGGCUGUUGAGUACGAGAUGCCAGCGGAGCAGGGGGUGCUGCAUGUCCCCACCCUGCAGGAGGGAGCCGAGUACUGCGUCCGAGCUCAGAGCUUCCUGGACGCUCAGAACCAAAGCAGCAGCACCGACACCCAGUGUGUCUCCAUCAAAAGACGUACGGGUCCGGACGCUGCCUGGAAGACGCCGACCACUGUGACCGUGACCGUCGUCAUCAUGGCGGGUCUCCUGUUCGCCGUGUUCUGGUCCGUCCUUCACUGCCGUCCACAUGUCUGUCAAAAGUAUUUCCAUAAAGAGCCGCUGCCUCGCUCACUGGAAUCAGAUUGGAACAUUAAAAUCCCGAUGAGCUCAGAGGAGGCGGAGCUUUGUGAGCCAAUCCAUGUCAGCCCUGCCCCCUAA